GCCAUUUUCGAAAUUUUCUUGAGACCAUUUCUGGGGUGGAUAGGGGCUCCUCCGCCAUUGUUAUUCUUAUUUCGCUUCUACUUCCAGCUUCAUAGUGAAUUUGGCGUGUUCUGAUUUGCUGCUAUGCGUAGUCACGGCUCCGGUGACAUUGUACACAAGUGCGAAUUUGUUUUGGCCUUUUGGAAAUAUCGCAUGCAAAGUGUUGGCAUCCGUACAAGCCGUAAACACAUUUGUUUCGUCUCUGACGCUUGCUCUCAUUGCUAUGGAUCGUGUCUUGCUAACAACUUGUCCAGUGCGAUGGCGCUUAGCAGCAACGGCCCCAAUCAUCUGUUACUGUGUAGUCUGGAUAAUAUCAAUUGUCGUAGCGCUUCCCUAUUCGCUGACUGUUAGAUCUAGCAAGAUUGACAGUUUCGAACCCUGGAACGACGUACAUAUUCCUGCUAUGGUGAGCGUAGAAAAACCGAGACAUAGAACUACGCUAAGCAUAUGUGACCGAUCUCAUCCUGAGGUUUGCGUGGAGAUGCAAGACACUUGGGAUCGUGCUUAUAUCUCCAAAACCACAUUCACGGUGAUUGUGCUGGCCAUUCAGUACCUUCUUCCAUUAUUUGCCCUCGCAUACGCAUACGUACAAAUUGGUUCCACGAUUCGGCGUCGUUCAAAAAUCAGUCGUACCAUUGAUCAGGCCCGGCGCAUCAGCAUGCAAAGCCGGAACAGUCGGAUGUCUUAGGA